GCCUAAUAAGGCCCACUUAAAGAAAUCAAUACAAAGCCUGAAGUAGCGUCUUCUUCGUCGGUUGAAUAGAAAUCUCAGAGUCUCGAUCAGCUCUCAAAGCAAUCAAAUUUGAAGAAGCUGAUACUCUCUGCGAUGCCGCCGAAGAGAAAUUUCAGGAAACGUCCGUUAGAGGAGGAGGAAGAAGAAGAUGAGCAAAGUAAAGCAGCGAGCUCAGAAGAAGAAGAGAAACGAAGAUUGGCAUUGGAAGAGGUGAAGUUUUUACAGAAGCUGAGAGAGAGGAAGCUAGGGAUCCCAGCUUUGUCCACGGCGCAGAAUAGCACGGGGAAAGGGAAAACAGCUGAGAAAGCUGAAGCGGAAGGAGAGAAAGAGGAGCUUGUGUUGCAGGAUACUUUUGCUCAAGAGACUGCUGUUUUGAUUGAAGAUCCCAACAUGGUAAAGUACGUUGAACAAGAACUUGCUAAGAAAAGGGGGAAGAGUCUUGAGGAUGCAGAGGAGGUUGAGAAUGAGUUGAAGCGAGUGGAAGAUGAGUUGUAUAAGAUCCCUGAUCAUCUUAAAGUUAAGAAGCGUAGCUCCGAAGAGAGCUCAACACAGUGGACUACUGGAAUAGCUGAAGUGCAACUACCAAUAGAAUACAAGCUGAAGAACAUUGAAGAAACGGAAGCGGCCAAGAAGCUUCUUCAAGAGAAGAGGCUUACGGGUCGGCCAAAAUCAGAGUUUAACAUUCCGUCUAGUUACAGUGCAGAUUAUUUCCAACGCGGGAAAGAUUAUGCUGAAAAGCUUAGAAGAGAACAUCCCGAGUUAUACAAAGAUAAAGGACCUCGAGCUGAUGGGGAAGGACCUAAACCGUCUACUACUAACAAUAAUGCUACGGAUUCAGGGAAUACCAGACAAGCUGCAACUGACCAGAUCAUGAUGGAACGGUUCCGCAAGAGAGAGCGUAACCGUGUGAUGAGGAGAUAAAAGAGAGGCUUGAUGAUACUUUGAUUAUGUACAAUUUGAUAUUUUGAAAAACUUUCUCCCGAUAUUUGAAUUAUGUAACAUUUCAUUCAAGGAAUCAAGUUUUUUUUUUAUAA